AUGGUGCGGCACCUGGCGGCACGUCUACGCUACGCGCUGCUGGACGUGGACGGCGUGUGCGCCUUGGGGCGCAAAGAGGUGCCCGGCUCGGCCAAGGCGCUGGCGCGCCUCCGUGCCUCCGUGAGAGCCGUGCGCCUCGUCACCAACCAGUCCCAGGAGACUUGCUCCUCCUUGCUGCGCCGGUUGCAAGAUCUGCAGUUCGACGUGCGCGACGGGGAGGUCUUCAGCGCGCUGAGCGCGGCGCGGGCGCUGGUGGCGCAGAGCGACCGGCGGCCCUUGAGCCUCCUCACCGCCGAGGCCCUGGAGGAGUUCCAUGGCCUGGAGACCCAGGAGCCCAACGCGGUGGUCGUGGGCACCGCGCCUGAGCACAUGCAUUACCAGCGCCUCAACGAAGCUUUGGAGGUCCUCCUCCGGGAGGGCAGCCAGCUGAUUGCGGUGAACAAGGGACGCUACUUCCGGCACGCGGACGGCCGCAACGCCAUGUCGGCCGGGCCCUUCGUGGCCGCCCUGGAGUUCGCCUCCGGCCGCACGGCCCAAGUCGUCGGGAAGCCCAGCAAGGAGUUCUUCCACACUGCGGCGGCCCAUGCGGCGUCGGCCUCGGCGGCGAGCGGAAUGGACCCCGCGGAGUUCGUGAUGGUAGGAGACGAUGCUCUGGAUGAUGUGCAAGGCGCCAUGGACGCGGGGAUGCAGGCCAUUUUGGUGCGCACAGGCAAGUACCGGCCGGGGGACGAGCUGAAAUGCCGCAGCCCGCCCCUGGCGGUGGUGGACAGCCUGCAGGACGCGGUGACCUUUUUGGAGGACCACGGCUUGCUGAGCUCCGACCUGCAGAGCUACCUGGGGGACUUCCUGGGCUACGGGCAGCUGGAAAUCAGGCUGGAAAGGUGGACUUGGCCGGCCUGCAGAAAGGUCUGUGCACCUGGUAGCCAGAUGAAUCUGGAGGAGCAAAUCCGUUUUGGCCUCUUCGACAAAGGGGUGGCUCAGAGUCAGUCGAAGGACCUGGUGGACUGCAAGGUCUACAUCUGCGACAAGACGGAGCAGGCCUUCGCGGACGAAUGCCGCGGCCCGAAGACUCCGAAGAAUCCGAAGAAGAGGGAUGGCGACAAGUCGGGGCCUUUGAAUCUUGUCGAAGCCAGCGAGUUGAACAGAUUGAAUGGCACGUUCAAGAUGUCAAGGACUGGGAGCUUGGGCUGUGAGGUGGUCAUCGGGGCCUGCAACGGGCCCACCAUGGUGCGGGACUGCAAGGACUGCACCUUCUGGUUGGCCACUAGGCAGCUGCGCACGAGGGACUGCGUGGCACGGGCCUCGGACCACGGCGGUUUUGGAGGGGAUGUGAGCCGGUUACAGAACUGCAAGUUCUUCCUCCACAGCCACACGGAGCCCAUCAUCGAGAGCUCUCGGGAGCCGGAUGAAACUCACCCGAGCGUCAGCAAGUCCCAAAGCCCGCGGAAGCUCAAGGCAGCUCGGGAUGCCCAGGUCUCUUACCCUUCGGUGGCCCGGCACGUGGAGGAGUCGGGUAUGGACCCGGGUGCGCCGGCCGCUUCCCCUGCGUUGGACCAGAUCCUGGCCGGCGAUGCCGCGACCAGUGGCGGCGUGGAGAUGCGCGGUGUGUCGUCGGAGGAUGCCGACUUCGAGCGCCGAGUGCAGGAGAUGAAGACCUGGAUGAGCGCCGACCGCUUUAAGCACACCACUCGGCCCUACAAGGUUGAGGACGUGGUGAAGCUGCAAGGCACGUUCCCUCUGCAGUUCACAGGGGCCAAGGUCUCCGACAAGUUGUACAAAAUGCUGCGGGAGCACCAGGCCAAGGGCACCUGCUCCCACACCUUCGGGGCGCUGGACACCGUGCAGGUCACGCAGAUGGCCAAGUACCUCACCUCCGUCUACGUGAGCGGCUGGCAGUGCUCCUCCACCGCCUCCACCUCUAACGAGCCGGGCCCCGACGUGGCGGACUACCCCUACGACACCGUGCCCAACAAGGUGGACCAGCUCUUCCGUGCCCAGCUCUUCCACGACCGCAAGCAGUUCGAGGAGCGCCGGCGCAUGAGCCCGGCGGACCGUGCCAAGACGCCCUGCGUGGACUACCUGAACCCCAUCAUCGCGGAUGCAGACACGGGGCACGGUGGCCUUACCGCCACCAUGAAGCUGGCCAAGAUGUUCAUUGAGAGAGGCGCUGCUGGGAUCCACAUCGAGGACCAGAAGCCGGGCACCAAGAAGUGCGGGCACAUGGGCGGCAAGGUCCUGGUAUCCACCCAGGAGCACAUCCAGCGCCUGAUCGCCAUUCGCCUGCAGGCGGACGUGCUGAACUCGCCGCUGGUGAUCGUCGCGCGCACGGACGCGGAGGCCGCCACCAUGAUCGACUCCAACAUCGACCCCAUCGACCACCCCCACAUCAAAGGCGUCACCGUGAAGGGUGUCGAGCCCCUCUACGAGGCCAUGCGCAAGGGCACGGACAAGGACUGGGAGCAGCGCGCGGGGUGCAUGACCUUCCCGGAGGCGGUGUCCAAGGCAUUGAAGGCUGCCGGCAAGGACAGCAGCCAGUGGGAGAAGGAGUGCAGGAAGAUGUCCUUGGACCAGAUGAGGAAGAAAGCAGUGGACCUGGGCUGCGGGGAGAUCUUCUUUGACUGGGACUCCGCCCGCUCGGUGGAGGGCUACUUCCGCAUCAAGGGCUCCACUGAGUUCUGCAUUGAGCGUGCCAUCGCCUUCACGCCCUAUGCGGACUCCAUUUGGAUGGAGACCGGCAAGCCCAUCCUGGCGCAGGCGACCCAGUUUGCCAAGGAGGUCCGAGCUGCGGUGCCUCACCAGAUGCUGGCCUACAACCUGAGCCCCUCCUUCAACUGGGACAGUGCCGGCAUGACGGACGCGCAGAUGGAGAGCUUCAUCUGGGACUUGGCGAAGCUGGGCUUCUGCUGGCAGUUCAUCACGCUCGCCGGCUUCCACUGCGACGCCCUGAACAUCGACCUCUUCGCCAGGGAGUACGCCAAGAAGGGAGCCUACGCCUAUGUGUCGAUGAUCCAGCGUGAGGAGCGCAAGCACAAGGUGGAAACCCUGACGCACCAGAAGUGGAGCGGCUCAGAGAUCGUGGAUGAGAUGGGCAACGUGGUCAGCGGUGGGCUCUCCUCGACAGGCAUCAUGUCUGCCGGCGUCACCGAGAAGCAAUUCUGAGCACGGAUGGACGUUCUUUUGCGCCCUCUUGGAAGCCAAGAGACCUGCACCCAGCACUGCUGAGUGGUCCGGGGCUGGGAUGCUGAAGCUGGUGGAUCCAGGAAGGGUGAUCGGACAAGCGACAGAGUCAUCCGUUUCAAGUUAAUUUAGAGAGAGCUCCUGCUAGGAGUGCCCAGGCUGACGUUAAAGCAGUUGCCCAGUGGUGCCCUUGUUUCCUUUUUUU